CAGUUAAACUGGCGCGUCCAAUCCGAGUCCCCUAGCGGAGGAAAAUGGGCCUACAGCGAGAAAUUGAAAAUAAGGAUGAGCGCCAUGUCUGAUCCUCCGCCUGUGGAAUAGAGCGGACGGCAGGGCGAUCGUGUUCCCCGGGCCUGCGGUCCCUUCGGGCUUUCGGUGAGCAGUCAUGGCCGACAGCGUGGGGAUUCAACAAGGUUCGCCGGCCGUCGGAGCCGCGGGCCUGGUUCCGGCCGCUCCCGGAGCCGCGGGGACGGAGGGCUCCAGCGCCGCUGGAGGAUCUGCACGUAUAGCCGCGAAGAAGGCGCAACUCCGCUCCUCACCACGGCCGAAGAAACUGGAAAAACUCGGGGUGUAUUCGUCCUGUAAAGCUGAAGGAGCCUGUAAAUGUAAUGGCUGGAAAAGUCAGAACCCGCCUCCGACACCUCCUCAAACUGACCAGCAAUCCAACACAGUGAACUUACAGGAACCUUGUCGGAGCUGUUCUCACACGUUAGGUGAUCACGUGACCCAUCUUGAAAAUGUUUCAGAGGAGGAAAUGAACAGACUACUAGGUGUUGUUUUGGAUGUGGAGUAUCUCUACACCUGUGUUCACAAGGAGGAGGAUGCUGACACCAAACAAGUCUACUUCUCCCUCUUCAAACUGUUGAGAAAAUCUAUCCUACAGAUGGGUAAGCCGAUGUUAGAGGCACAAGAGAGUCCGCCGUUUGAAAAGCCCAGCAUUGAGCAGGGAGUGAAUAAUUUCGUCCAGUACAAAUUCAGCCACCUACCGUCAAAGGAACGACAAACUAUCAUGGAGCUGGCCAAGAUGUUCCUGAAUCAGAUCAACUACUGGCAGCUGGAAACUCCCUCUCAGAGACGCCAAAGGGUGCCCAGUGACGACGUGGUUGGAUACAAAGUCAACUACACCAGAUGGCUCUGCUACUGCAAUGUGCCGCAGUUCUGCGACAGCUUACCGCGCUACGAGACCACGCAGAUCUUCGGCCGGACGUUGCUGCGCUCCGUGUUCACUGUGAUGAGAAAGCAGCUGCUGGAGCAGGCCAGACAGGAGAAGGACAAGCUUCCUCCUGAGAAACGCACUCUCAUUCUCACACACUUUCCCAAAUUCCUGUCCAUGUUGGAAGAGGAAGUUUACAGUCACAGCUCUCCCAUCUGGAGCCAAGACUUCUUGGUGGGAGCAACAGGAGGGCAGAUUCCUGUCCACACAGUGAUAAGUGCUCCCCCAGUCGCCAGACCCAUAUACUACAGCACCAGUCCCGUGUCAGUGGACCCGUCCACUUGUGGAAGUGUGAGCCCUGCCAGGAAACCCGCCUCUGUUCUGGAGUCAAACCCAGGUUUCACAGUAGGAGAAAAGCGAAAAGCCUCAGAGCCGCUUCACCAUGAAGAGAACAAGAGACCCAAGGUGGUAGGGGACAUCCCCAUGGACCUCAUCAAUGAAGUCAUGGCAACCAUCAGUGACCCUGCCACCAUUCCAGAGACGAGUCUGCUGUCUGCUCAUUCUGCCCGCGAUGAAGCCGCCCGCCUCGAAGAGCGGAGAGGAGUUAUCGAAUUCCACGUCAUCGGGAACUCGCUCAAUCAGAAGCCCAACAAGCGGAUCCUGAUGUGGCUCGUUGGCCUUCAGAACGUCUUCUCCCACCAGCUUCCCCGGAUGCCCAAAGAGUACAUAACCCGACUGGUCUUUGACCCGAAACAUAAAACGCUGUCUUUGAUAAAAGAUGGCCGGGUCAUUGGAGGGAUCUGUUUCAGGAUGUUCCCAUCGCAGGGCUUCACAGAGAUUGUAUUUUGUGCCGUCACGUCCAAUGAGCAAGUCAAGGGUUAUGGGACCCAUUUAAUGAACCACCUAAAGGAAUAUCACAUAAAACACGAGAUACUGAACUUCCUCACUUAUGCUGACGAGUACGCAAUUGGGUACUUCAAGAAACAGGGUUUUUCAAAGGACAUCAAGGUCCCCAAAGCCAAGUACGUGGGCUACAUCAAGGACUACGAGGGAGCCACGCUGAUGGGAUGUGAACUCAACCCUAGCAUCCCCUACACAGAGUUCUCCGUUAUCAUCAAGAAGCAGAAGGAGAUCAUCAAGAAGCUGAUAGAAAGGAAGCAGGCCCAGAUCCGAAAGGUCUACCCGGGGCUGUCCUGUUUUAAGGACGGGGUCCGGCAGAUUCCAAUCGAGAGCAUUCCCGGCAUACGUGAAACUGGCUGGAAGCCUGCAGGAAAGGGGAAGGAAUUGAAGGACCCUGACCAACUUUACAGCACAUUGAAAACCAUCCUGCAGCAUGUGAAGAAUCAUCAGAACGCCUGGCCUUUCAUGGAGCCUGUGAAGAAAACAGAAGCACCUGGCUACUACCAAGUCAUUCGUUUCCCGAUGGACUUGAAGACGAUGAGCGAGCGCCUGAAGAGCAGGUACUACACGACGCGGAAGCUUUUCAUGGCCGACAUGCAGCGCAUCUUCACCAACUGCCGCGAAUACAACGCUCCGGAGAGCGAGUACUACAAGUGUGCCAACAUACUGGAGAAAUUCUUCUACACCAAGAUCAAAGAGGCAGGCCUCAUCGAGAAGUAGACUAAAGAUGAGAGGUUUUCCUUUCAAGUAGCCUGGCGCAGGUUAGGUUAGCGGGUAAUGCAGAAGACAAUAAAGAAAGAAAG